GAUUCUGGGAGGGACCCGUCCAACCGGUCUGACCUGGUAUAAGGAGGAGGGGGUAGGAAGUGGCUGAGGUGAAGAAGACUUGAACUAACUCGGGGGCGAUCAGACCUUAAAGGACGUUCUCAAACCAGAGGUGUCCAGCAAGAUGAAGGCUUCUGCUGUGCUGAGCCUUGGAGUUGCCCUGUUCUGCUGUAUCGUUUUCUCCCAGGCACAGGAUCCAGGCUGCAAAUGCAACACACUUUUUGAUGGCAAAUGUGACGCUGCUGGUGGCCAACCCUGCUCGUGCACCAUUCAGAUAGGUCCAGAUGUAAAGGAGGCGAACUGCAAUAAAUUGAUUCCAAAAUGUUUUUUAAUGAAGAAAGAGAGCAUUGGCACUAAAGCUGGAAGAAGACCGAAACCUGCAGGUGCCCUCAUUGACAACGAUGGCCUCUACAAUCCUGACUGUGAAGAAAAUGGUACCUUUAAAGCAAGGCAGUGCAAUGGUACAGAGACCUGCUGGUGUGUUAACUCCGCUGGUGUUAGACGAACCGAAAAAGCAGACAAGGCGACGAAGACUUGUGCGGAGCUUGUUAGGACUUACUGGGUAAUUGUUCAAAUGAAGCGUAAUAACACUGAUAGUGUGUCCAAUGAACAAGUGGCAGCGGCACUGAGAAACCUGAUUACAACUCGGUAUAAUCUGUCUAAUAACUACAUAAAAAAUAUUGAGUUUGAGGAGUCUUACAUCUACAUUGACUUGAUGCAAAAUGCUACAGAGAAAGGAAAAGAUGAAGUUGACAUUAUAGAUGUUGGCUACUACAUGGAAAAAGAUAUCAAGGGAGACAGCCUCAUGCACGCUGACAACAAGUUUCAGAUCCUCAUCAAUGGCAAGAACUUCAUGGUUCAGGAGCCCCUUAUCAUGUACAUAGAUGAGAAGCCUCAUGAACUGUCCAUGAAACGCCUGACUGCCGGUGUGAUUGCUGUCAUCGUCGUGGUGGUUAUUGCUAUUCUUGCUGGAAUUGUGGUUUUGAUCAUCACACGGAGAAAGAGGGGCAAAUAUGAAAAGGCUGAGAUGAAGGAGAUGAAUGAAAUGCAGAGAGAACUCAACUCCUAAAUGAGGGAAGAGACGGGGGGAAAAGACUGCUGAGGAGAAGUGACUGUUGGUGUCAAAUCCUAAUGUGCUUGAUUCAUCUUGAAGUUGUAUGAUCUGUGUGGCUGGAGCCGUGUCCUCUAAGCAUAUUGUGAUUUAUGUUUUUAUAGAUAUUUAUCUUGGCGACUCUUACACACAAAACCUUGUACCUGACAUUUAGUUUUUUUUUUUUUUGUUUUAAAUUUGUAGAUCUUUAAAUGCCCCUGAAAUUGGGAGCAUUUUGGAUGAACUCAGGUUAAUUAUCAAGCCCCUUGCUGGGGCUGUUCCAGGCCAGGUUUUUUGUAGAAAGGAAGGGGGUGGGGGAAGGGGGUUAAUGUUUUUCCUGGAAACCAAAACUUAUUUUUUUUUUAUGUAAAUAUCCUAUUUUGAAGAGUGACCUUUUUUAAAAAAAAUAAAAAUUGUAAACUGUGGAUUUAAUAAACACUGAAAAUACUGGUUUACUUUG